AUGCCUUCUUUCUCUGUCAAUCACAUCUUCAAUGAAUUUAUAGAAUUAAAUUUCCAUAAUUACUGUUUGGUUUAUACUGAUGGCUCAGUGUCAACCAACUCUGCAGGUUUCUCAUUCUUUAUCCCUGAACGGAUGGUCAAAUACUCCGAUACCUUACCCCAGGUUGUUUGUUCUUUUACGGCAGAGUGCUAUGCGAUUGCGACAGCUCUUGGAUAUAUCAAAUCUUUAAACAUUAAAAAAUGCUUGAUUGUCUCGGAUUUCCAAGCAGCUCUUUGCGCUAUUAAUUCUACCUCAAUUUCUGCGGCCACGUCUCCCCUUAUUCUUAAAAUCAAAGCUUCGCUUUUUGAAUUAUACUCUCAGGAUAUAAUAAUCGAAUUCUUGUGGGUCCCAGGCCAUUCGGGAAUCUCAGGCAAUGAAGUUGCUGAUCUCCUAGCCUCAUCCACCAAAUAUAGCUUAAACCCAUCUGUGCGUAAAAUCCCGUCCUCGGAUCUUUUUAAUAUUUUACAAAAUAAUUACAAACAGGCUUGGCAAGAUAGAUGGUCAUCAGUGGCUCCUGAUUUCGCUAAGUGGUAUAGAUCCAUAACCCUCACUAUUCCACAACACCCAUGGUUUAUUAACCAGCCCCUUGACAGGUCCCAAAUCGUCCGAUUCACCAGGCUCAGGCUUGGUCACAAUUUACUUCCCGCACAUGCCUUCCACCUCGACUUGAACGACUCCCCGUUGUGCACUCGUCAUGCAGAAGAAUCAAUCUGCGACUUCUCACUCAUUCUCGCCGAUUGUUCAGCACUCUCCAUUUCCCGAUCUAAAUUGCUUCGUUUUUUACAUAAUAAUAAUAUUAUGUCUUUAGAACUUACAGUUAUCCUUAAUUAUUUUUCAAGAGCCAUUAUCAUUUUUAUUUUGAAAUUCUUCGAAAAUGCUGGAUUCUCUAUUUGA